CGACCUCGAGGACUCUGCUCACUACCCCACACAAGCAGACAUGGACACCAAGAUUGUAGUAUUCAUCUGUAUGGUCGGCGCAGCCUGCGCUAGCGUGGUGCCAGUGGCCCCGGUAGCGCGGUUAGACCCCUACCCCCAGUACGCCUACGGGUACGACGUACAGGACGCGCUCACAGGCGACUACAAAGGCCACCAGGAACAAAGGAACGGGGACCUAGUCACCGGCUCGUAUACCGUCGUCGACCCCGACGGCACCCGCAGGAUCGUCGACUACGCAGCUGAUCCCCUCAACGGCUUCAACGCGGUCGUCCGCCGCGAGCCGCUGGUCGUCGCCGCCCCCGCCAGGGUGGUAGCGCCCGCCCCUGUGGUCGCACCCGCCCCCAUCGCCCCCGCACCCCUGGUCGCCCCAGGCCCCUUCCUCCCCCGUGCACACUUCCACGCGCCCGCCCCAGCACAAUUUUUUGCCCCCAGGCUACCUAGUCCUUACUACUUCUAGAUGAAUUAAUUACAAUUUUGUUGUGUUUCUUUUGUAUAUUGUUUAGAUUUGUAUGAUUGUUAUUUAUACUAUUUCUAUUAAAUGAAUUGAACUGAA